AUAUCUUAUUUAACUGAUAACGUAAUUAGUUCACAGGAUUCAUCCAAUUUAAGGAAAAGAUCGGAGAGUGGAAAUCGCGAUCAAGUAAAUUCUUGCAUCGGUAAACCGAUGAAGUGGCCGAGUGGAAAGAAAAGCCAUUUCGAUUUUCACAAUGAAACUGAAAGCGCAAUGAACGAGCAAAUAAAUGUCGAAUCAAAAGCGUUUUAUUAUUAUUUGUCCAUGGCUGCAUAUUUCGGUCGCGUAGACGUUGCUUUACCGGGCUGCGAGUCAUUUUUUAUGCAGAUGCAUCAUGAGGAGCAUGAGCACGCGUUGAGAUUUCUGAAUUAUGUAAACAUGCGCGGCGGCGAAGUGCAUUUAUGUGCGAUCAUGCCAUCGGACGAUCAAGAUUGGAAAUGUCCAUUGCACGCAUUCAAAACGGCGUUACAAUUAGAAAUAGAAGUUGGUAAAUAUCUAGUCGCUGCAAAUGCUGUAGCGGAGAAACACGGCGAUCUAAACGCAAGUGAUUUCAUCAUUACUGGUUUCAUGGAGGAUCAGAUGAAAAGUGUGAAUCAAAUGGGGAGAUUAGUGACCAUGCUGUCUGGCAUUGGAGAUCAAGCAUUAGCUCGAUUCAUCUUUGAUAAAGAUUUGUUAGAGAACUACGUUAAACCUGACUAUAAUAUUCUAAAACAUAAGUCUCAGCCAAGAAAGCUAAACAAGUAGCGCAUACGUUGUUUCCUUGAAAUUGCUCCUGCAGUUAUAUCUCAAUUUAUUUAUCGUGCACACACUUUUUCAUAAUUUUAUUCUUAUUAUUUAGAUAAUACGAAAUUUACUA